GGAAAGCUUUUGACUCCUGCGUGCAUGUUGCCUUCUCUCCAAACGCGCCUCAAAGGACAAUCCAAGGCAGAGCACAUAACCAUGGCGAGCAAGGGCAAAGGCAGAGGCAAAGGGGCAUUUAUAGACAGAAAGACACAUUUUUUAAGCGUGGAUGCGCAAGUGGAGGUGAGCAGCGACGAAGAAGGGUUCACUGGCGCAUGGUAUGUAGCCACAAUCCUUAAAUCACCCUGCUCUUCCAGAAAAAACCCAGCCAAGGGAAAAUCCAAGGUCUUUGUUAUGUACCAUACUUUACUUUCCGAUAAUGACGAGAACGAGCCCUUGACUGAGUUUGUCGAUGCGUCCUACAUUAGGCCUCUGCCUCCGCCUCCUGACAUUGAUCAGUCUUAUGAACCAAACGACGUCGUUGACGCCUUCCACCGUGAUGGGUGGUGGAAGGCAGUUGUCACUAAAGUUGAAGUUUUGGAGGAGAAGAGCAAUUCCAAGAGGUACACUGUAAUCUUUGAAAACCCACCUGAACAGUUCGACUUCUGCCCUGCAGAAUUGAGGUUCCACUGGGAUUGGAUUAAUGGCAGAUGGGUUCGACCCCCAAAGCAGAAGAGAAUGGAAGGGUUAAAUUUUAGAAAAGGCACGGCUGUGGAAGUGAACCUUGACAAGGAAAAUUUACACGAUGCAUGGUUCCCAGCAACUGUUAUCGAGGAAGUUGGCUUCAAUUCUUUCUUGGUGGAGUUUGGCAGCUCAAGAAACAAUUAUGAGAAUGGCCUUACAACAGGAAUUGUUGAUUCCUUCCACAUCCGGUCUCCCCCUCCUAAUUUGGAGGUCAAAAAAUUUCAAAUCUUGGAAUCAGUAGAUGCUUUCUGUAAUUCAAGUUGGAGGGAUGGCUUCAUUACCAAGAUUCUUACAGAUGGAAGGUAUAACAUCUUUCUAAAACAUGCUGAUGAGGAGAGGCAAUUCAGCCAAUCAGAAAUAAGGCCACGCCAGUACCUGAAGAAUGGCACAUGGAUUAGUUAUUGCAGGGAUACAUCAAUUGAUAUACAAAACAAAGAACAUCCAACACAUGCUGACAACAAUGCUGAAAGUCCUGGGGCAACUUUUCAUAUUGAGAGUUCAACUGCAGAAAAGGAUCACUCAGAAGAGAAAUCCUCAUGCAAAAAUUCAAGUAGGAACUCAUUGGAGCUUUCAACCCCCUGUAAAGUAAAAUCAGCAAGUAUGGCAGUGAAGAAGAGGGCACCUGAGAUUGAGUACAAACUAUCAUGUGCUUCCAAGAAGUUCAAAAUGGAAAAGUCGGGAAACCCUCUGUCUCCAGUAGUACAUCCUGCAAAGUUGAUACCAAUCAAGACAACAAAUCAAGAAGUACAGGUCACAGACAGUGCACCAACUAAAUGCUCAACCCAACAAUUGGUUGACAAUGCUGGAUCUGAGAGUCCAUUCAGGGGAAAUAACAUUGAGCCUAAUCAACAAGAAGCUGGCUUGCUAAAAUGGAAAUUACUACCGAAUGCCCAAGUUAGAAGUCAGUGGAUUCGAGCAGCAGGUGGAGAGGACAAGACAAGAGGAGAUUCUUAUGAAGUUACUACUGAAGUUGAGCAUGUAGAAAAAGAUGCUGAAUCUUCUGGUGCCUUAACUGAGGGGAGAAGGGGCUUACCUCCAGAAAAUUCUUACCAGCUUCCUGAUGAGGAGGUUAAUCUACGGAAAGAAAGUGAUGCAAUUGGGCAGCGGAAAGCAGGUGACCAGCACGAUGCACCUGGAGAUGCUAGCGAAAUGAAUUUUAAACAUUGUGCAGAUAAAGAGGUUGAAUUGUCUAUACUAAUAGGUUCGGAGCCUGAAGUUUCCUCAGUGGAUAACAAAGCAGAAGUCAAUGUGGCUAUGGUAAGAGCAUCCAGUAAUGAUGAUCAAUCUCUAUCAAUAUGUCAUGAAGGUAAUGGAGAAAGACAAGUUAACAAAUCCACACAAUCUACUGCAACGAUUGUCAUGGUGGGCAGUGAGCCAGUGAAGAUUCAAACCACGCCUUUCGUUAAGAGCUCACCUAUUUGGAAAAAUGUUGAAUCUCUGGAAGCUUUCAAACGUCUACCACAAAAACCGCAUUUUAGUCCUUUGAUUGAUUGUAAAGAGGCGAUCCGGGAAGGAUCUGCUAUUGGUCAUAUGUUGACCUUUGCAACUUUGGUUGAUAAGACAUCCAAGUUGAAAGUUGAUGAUCCUAGAGAGCUUUUUACGAGCUAUUUGGAAACUCUUGCUGAUCUGGAAAUGCUUGGAUUUGAUGUCAAGGCAGUUGCAGGCCGUCUUAACAAGUUAUUGUGGAUCAAAGAUAGGAGAGACCAGCUUCAGGAUCAGUCUAAAAAUGUUCACAUUCAGAUUGCAGAGUGCAAUCGUGAAAAAACCAAAUUGGAAGAAGAUAUUCAUGCAAUUGACAAGCAGAUGAGGGAGUUAGAAGAGCAAAGGGCAAUGAGAACAGCAAUGAAGGUGAUGAAAGAUUCUGCAAUUAUUGCUCUACAAGUGAAUUCUAAUGCUAUCAGUGAAGACAUUGUGCACUCCAGUCAAGAUUUCGAUAGUCUAGCUGCUGCACCAUGGUAACCGAUGCCUUUUGUUUCUGAUUGACCCUUGAAGUUAUUUUGGCCAAGAUAACCAUCUCAGACUUGGAUGAAGAUCUGUUACGAAUUCAAGUUCAAAAGAUGGUAAAUCUUAGUUGGGCUCUGUAUGUAGAAGAUUAACGUUUUAACUACUGUGUCAAUGUAAGUGGUUAUGAUCCUUCUAGCUGA